CAUCAGACAGCUGAAGAUCAUCUCCAAGUACAAAGACCCGCCCUAAGUAGUUGAAUUCGGCGAUGAGAAUAAGCCGGCUGUCACCAUUGUCGUGAGAGAUGUCGAUGCAUGGAGAAGGAUCUGCGCAUGUUUGUUUUGAUCUCGUGAGUGAUCCGCAAGAAGGUGUAGCGACGCAUCUCUGAUACUAGUAUGUAGGGAUUCGCAGAAGCAUAUAUGUUCCAGGAGGUCGACUGCGACAGCCUCAGCAGCCUGUUCGAUACAUACAUCAAGAACAAAACACAACUCGGCAGUGGAAAUUUCCUCGUGCAAAGUCUCCCCCGACUGACCAUGCUUCUACGACCCUCAAAUGACCCUCAAAAUGCCCAUAUGAAUUACUCCUGCGCUCACUGGAGUGGCGACCCCACCGAGACUCUGGAAACAGCGCAAAAGAAAAAAGUCCAGCUUCUAAUACAGAAAGCACAGAUAUCGUUGAAUCACCACAUCCUUGACCCUAUCCGACGACCAGAAGAGGAUCGCCGAGAAAGGGAUCCAAGAGCCUGGCCUGGAGGAUCAAUCGCAACUGGGCCUGAGGGCAAUGGGGGAUACUACGAUCGUAUUAUUUCGAUUGGGAUGUUUGAGCAUGUCGGUGCAGAAUACCUGGAUGAGUAUUUCCGCGUUAUCUCUUCCCUGCUGCAUCCCAGUCAUGGUGUUAUGGUCAUUGAUGGAAUUACGAGGACGAAUAAGGGAUCGAAGGCGGAGUUAGAAGCCACCUCCGUUAUGAAUAUCGGACCGCAUUAUGGAAAGAGUCUAUUUGCAUGGCGAGAUAACUUUCUCCGGAAUUGGGGCCAGGUUGAAGCAGCGUUUCGGGAUGCACAGCUUGAUGCCUCUGAUAGAGAGGUUGAAGCGUUUCGCCGGAAAUGGCUGUAUUAUUUCAUUUACUGCGAGGCGGGCUUUCGAUUGAGAUUGUUGGGGAAUUAUACCGUUGUUGCGGCCAAGAUUCCUAAGGCGGGUAUGGAGUAUGAUCCAAGGCUUGGAGAUAUGUUGAUGAAAUGA